AUGGCUUCUACAAGAAACCGAGUUUCAGCAAACAAAGGGAUGAGUGUAAAAAAUGAACACGAUGAUGCUGAAAUAAAUGCUAUGGCUCUCAAAAUGAAAGAAAAUUAUCAAAAAACUGCAACAGCUGCAGCAAAGCAACAACUUGCUUCUCCGGCAAAUGUUAAUAUAAACAGAGCCGCUAGAGCAGUAACAUUGGCUAAUGCACCAAUUACAACGGAUAACAGUCAAACAAAUCAAGACAAAUUACCCAAAGAUUGUGAAGAUGUAGAAAGUAUUAAAGGUAGAUUUUCAUGGAAAUUAAUUGCUGGACACUAUGUACCCUACAUUAUUAGAGUGAUCAAUGGUGAACAGUUAAAGUUUGUAUCUGUACGUAUGGCAGAAACACAGCUACUCAAAAACUAUUUACAUUAUUUACAUGCUGAUAUUUAUACAUGCACAAAUGUAAGAAGCCUUUUUGUCACUGAAUCUGAAGCUAAAGUAUUAAAUGAUAUCAACAAAAAACAUACCGACCGUAUGUACGGGAAAGAAGUGUUUCUUGCAGGAAAAGAUUAUAUUGUGAGUUUGGAAGAUGUUCUUGAAUUUUAUACGUUCAUGGAAGUAUGUUAUAAAAAAUUAAAGUGCGAAAUUACUCCAGGCCUCGUUGAGAAAUGUGGUUAUAUUCGCAUCAACUCUGAUUCGUUCGUGCCAUAUAUUAUCAUAGAUAACCAAAAAUAUGUCCCACUUUUCUGCUUUGAAGGCGAAACCGAAAACCUAAGACAACAAACUUUAAAAUCAGAAAAUUGGAACUUAGCCUAUCUGAAGUUCUGUUGUAAGGUUCAAGGUAUCAUAAAUGAGUUGAAUGCCAGUGACUCAUGCAAAGUGACCAGUCUUGAGGGUAUCAAAAAUAAUUUUCCACCAGAAACUAAUUUUGAGGAUUAUUGGCCAGCUAAUUUGGUUGAUAUACAUCUCUUAAAUAAUCAAAAGUCUACCCAUGUAAAUCCACCGGGUGUCUGGAUCAGAGCCCCUACUGGAGUAAUACCUGCUGAAAAUACUAUUGCUCACACUUUAAAGGCAUCAGCACCAUUACCACCGAGUAUGCCAGCUAUGGUGAACACAUAUAAAAACGGAAGGCCUGCAAACCAAAUGGUUUAUUCAUCUAGCACUCAUGCCCAGUCACCAUCAACUAGUGGCUAUUCUAUUACAUCCAGAAAUCAAAGCAUAGCUGCCCAGUGCUAUAAUGCGUUUUUAUUGGAUUUUCAGGGUUCAACGAUGUCUCUCAGCAGUUUGGUAAACAGUGUGGGUCAUGUUGUACCACCACCACCUUUAGUCAGUGCAGGCAAUACGACACCAAUAAGUGGUAAUACCGUAUCAUACUCUAACGCUGUGCCUAUUAGCCAAUGUAUAUCAACUAUGUACAAUCCAAUGACAAAUGGUAAUGUUAUGUCUCAUUCCAGUCAAAUGACACUAUUCUACAUUCAAAGUUCUAACAAUAGUCAAGAUCAACAACAACAAUUGCAACAACAACAAAUAAUUACUAGUCGUCAAACUCAGCAGUCAAAUAGUGGCAAAUCUGUGCAUGCUCAUUUAACCAACACACAACAACGCAGCACAUUAAGGAAUGGUGGGCCUGUUGCAAUUGCUCCACCCAUAGAAAUCAUUGACUUAUUGUCCCCACCGUCCAGCCCUGUUCCUCUAGCUGCGCAGGAGAAUUCUCGUCGUCCUAAUAUUUCAUAUGAAUUUACGAGAAUACCAGAACGGAUGUUGGCACAUGACACAGUUAAUAAUUCUGCAUACAAGAUCCAAAGGGCAACACUUGAAGGGAGAGUGAUCAAUUGCAUAAACGCAAAACCAUACAUCUAUUCGAAUCUGAUGGUCACAUUAAAAGAUUUAGUCAGGAUGAUGUUGCCUUCGUGCUCAGUCGAGAGAUGCGCUUACACCUUAAACAAAUACUUGAAAACGACAAUAUUCACUGGAAAUUCCGAGCAGUUGGCCUUGUUGAGGAAAAAUGGACUCCUCGGGUCGAAGUACCCGGCUGAAACACCCAUGGCCAUGCUACGAGAUGUCACGCAUGCUUUGCCGCAAUUAAUAAAAAUUGUGUCAAAGCACGACGAACAAAUAAAACAACGCCAAGCUGGUGCUGCAGGUGGUCCGGCCAAAAUACAACGCACCAGCUAG